CCACCUCUUUGGUUUUAUCAUCCACUCUUUUGAUAAUUCUUAUUUUUCUUAUUACCCCAGUUCUAAACACCCUCUCAUCAAAACCCCUCCCCCAAAACUGGUCUUCAACACAUGUUAAAUCUGCAGUUAAAAUAUCAUUUUUUACCAGCCUUAUUCCUCUUUUUAUUUUUUUUAACAAUGGAACUGAAACUAUUGUCUCCUCAUUCACAUGAAUAGACCUUGCAACAUUUGAUAUUAAUAUCAGCCUUAAAUUUGAUAUCUACUCUAUUGUUUUCACCCCUGUUGCCCUAUACGUGACUUGGUCCAUCCUAGAAUUUGCUUCUUGAUAUAUGCACUCAGACCCCGCGAUAAACCGUUUCUUCAAAUAUUUACUUAUCUUCUUAAUUGCAAUAAUUACCCUUGUAACAGCUAACAAUAUAUUUCAAUUAUUUAUCGGUUGAGAAGGGGUUGGGAUCAUGUCAUUUCUACUAAUCGGAUGGUGACAUGCUCGAGCAGAUGCAAAUACAGCAGCAUUACAAGCAGUACUUUAUAACCGCAUUGGUGAUAUUGGCUUAAUUAUUGCCAUAGCUUGAAUUGCAACAAACCUUAACUCAUGAGAAAUACAUCAAAUCUUCUUAUUUUCCAAUAACAUAGACCUUACUUUACCCCUCCUUGGACUCAUCCUUGCAGCCGCAGGAAAAUCAGCCCAAUUUGGGCUUCACCCCUGACUACCUUCUGCUAUAGAAGGCCCUACCCCGGUUUCUGCUUUACUUCACUCAAGCACUAUAGUUGUAGCAGGUAUUUUUCUUAUAGUACGCAUAAGCCCAUUACUAGAAACCAACCCUUUAGCGCUCACACUUUGCCUUUGUCUUGGAGCAUUAACAACACUUUUUACAGCAAUUUGCGCUUUAACACAAAACGAUAUUAAAAAAAUUAUUGCAUUUUCCACAUCAAGCCAACUUGGCCUUAUAAUAGUAACUAUUGGCCUCAAUCAACCACAACUUGCUUUCCUUCACAUUUGCACACACGCAUUUUUCAAAGCCAUACUAUUUCUUUGUUCCGGUUCCAUUAUUCAUAGCUUAAAUGAUGAACAAGACAUCCGUAAAAUAGGCGGUAUACACCGCCUAACCCCUUUCACUUCAUCUUCUAUAACCUUGGGAAGUUUAGCUUUAACUGGCACCCCUUUUUUAGCAGGUUUUUUUUCUAAAGACGCAAUUAUUGAAGCCUUAAAUAACUCCUAUCUGAACGCCUGAGCCCUUCUCAUUACACUACUUGCUACUUCGCUCACAGCUGUUUACAGCCUUCGCGUAAUCUUCUUUGUAUCAAUAGGUAACCCUCGAUUCCCUUCUUUACCCCCUAUUAAUGAAAAUAACCCCUUAGUUAUUAACCCUAUUAAACGCUUAGCAUUUGGAAGCAUCGUAGCUGGACUACUUAUCUGUUCUAAUAUUUCACUUUUGAAAACGCCUGUAAUAACCAUGCCUUUUUUUGCUAAAACAGCAGCUAUUGUUGUCACUUUAAUGGGCUUCUUAGUAGCCUUAGAACUGGCUUUAAUAACUUCUAAGCAAGCCUUCAUUACCCCAUCCUUAAAUACUCAUCGCUUCUCUAACUUGUUGGCUUUUUACCCUAACAUUAUACACCGUACUUCACCUGCAAAUAGUCUCACUUUUGGACAAACAAUUGCCACUCAGGUUAUGGACCUAUCCUGAUUAGAAAAAUCCGGACCUAAACUUAUAAUCUCAUUAAACACCGCCUUGGCCUCUACAGUUAGUAACGCACAAAAAGGUGCAGUCAAAACAUACCUUACUUCCUUACUACUCACCCUAGUCUUAACCACCCUUAUUUUUAAUUUUAGAUAGCACGUAAGGCCCCUCGCUCAAAUCCACGGGUUAACUCCAAAACAACAAAUAACGUUAACAAUAAAGCUCAAGCACCAAUCACUAAUAUUCAACACCCCGAGGAAUACAUCACACCCACUCCACUAGUGUCUGAUCGUAAUAACCCUAGAUUACUUAUUUCUUCAAGGGGAGAGACUGACCCUUCAAGCCCCCCACUUCAACAAUAAAUAAAUGAAAAUCCAACCAAUACUAGAUAAAAUAAUAUCCGCAUGAGAACUGGUAAGCUACCUCACCCCUCAGGAUAACGCUCUGCAGCCAAUGCCGCAGAAUAAGCAAAAACGACCAAUAUACCCCCUAAAUAAAUUAGAAAAAGAAUUAAAGAUAAAAAAGACCCCCCAAAAUAAGCUACUAACCCACAACCAGCCCCGGAAGCAAAUACCACCCCCAAGGCUGCAAAGUAUGGAGAAGGGUUUGAAGCCACAGCAGCAAAUCCUAAAAUUAAACCAAUUAAUAAAACUGAUAAUACAUAUGACAUAAUUUAUGUUUGGGUUUUAACCAAAACCAAUGACUUGAAAAACCACCGUUGUAGUUCAACUACAUAAACUAAUGGCCAGCUUACGCAAAACCCACCCAAUACUAAAAAUUGCUAAUGACGCAUUGGUAGACCUACCCGCUCCGUCAAAUAUUUCCGUCUGAUGAAACUUUGGAUCGCUUUUGGGUCUCUGCCUAAUUUCCCAAAUUGUAACAGGCCUUUUCCUAGCAAUACAUUACACUUCUGAUAUUGCCACAGCUUUUUCAUCAGUGACACAUAUUUGCCGAGAUGUUAACUUCGGGUGAUUAAUCCGAAGUAUGCAUGCCAAUGGCGCCUCCUUUUUCUUUAUUUGUAUUUACCUCCAUAUCGCACGAGGGUUGUAUUAUGGAUCAUAUCUAUACAAAGAGACCUGAAAUGUUGGAGUACUACUUCUCCUUCUUGUAAUAGCAACAGCUUUUGUAGGUUAUGUCCUCCCUUGAGGUCAAAUGUCUUUUUGAGGCGCCACAGUAAUCACGAACCUUCUUUCCGCCGUACCUUAUGUUGGUAGCGACCUUGUCCAAUGAAUCUGAGGCGGCUUCUCUGUCGACAAUGCUACCCUAAACCGAUUUUUUACAUUCCACUUCCUACUUCCAUUUGUAGUAUUGGCAGCCACACUUGUCCACCUUCUUUUUCUACAUGAAACUGGCUCAAACAACCCAGCUGGCCUAAACUCUGAUGUUGAUAAGAUCUCUUUCCACCCUUACUUUUCCUACAAAGAUCUAUUAGGCUUCGCGGCAUUACUAAUUGCACUAACUACUUUAUCUUUGUUCCUACCUACCUUAUUAGGGGAUCCC